CAGGUUUGACAUGGCAGGACUCGAGGCUCUGUAUUCCCAGGUGUCGAGCUCUAUAACAUCUCCACAGGAUGCGGUGGUGUGUUUUAUCCACUGGGAAAUUGUGAAGAGCGGAUAUAAAUGUGUAGGAACCGGAGAGGAGUCUCAAAAUGAAGAGAAGAAAUCAGAGUUGCUGCCUCCAUCCUGGAACUCAAACAAGGAACUGUAUACACUGAGAUACAGAUCAAAUGAUGAAAAGUCCACCCUGCUUCUCAAAGCCAUGACAGUUGAUUCCAUCUUGAUUUUCAACUUAAUGGAUUCAGCUACAGAAAAGGUUACAGACCUGACUGUAAAUGUCAGUGAUUAUAUAAAUGAAUCAAACUUACAGUCCUUUGAAAGUGUGUUCAAGAACACAGAAGAUUUGACUGAAAGGCUGAACUCAUCCCUGCUACCUGUUCCAUACCCCCCAAACUGGUUGGACCCACACAAUCCAUUUGGUGUAGGGAGGGCUGACCUUGAUCCCCUUAGUGGAACAUCAGAGGGCAUGAUUAUGGAUCCUUCACGAGCAGACGUCCCUGGUCCUGGAUUUUACCCUGUUAGUGACCUACCUCGAGACCUCCCUCCGGGUGCUGUGCCCCCUGGUGGCAUUUUUUACCCUUAUCGACCAGUCGACACACACCAACCUGGGCCAGACCCUGAUCCAGACCAUGAUGACUAGUUCUACUUCUUCUGGAAGAAUUUGACAUGUAGUCUCUCAAUAAUCAGUAUUUAGCUGCCUUCAAAAAAAAAAGUUGAUCCUCUACAAUUUCUGCCCUGUUAAACAACUGGGCAAUUCCAAAGUUUAGCUGGGACUCUUAUAUAAAGCUUCUGCAGUCCAACUGAGCUAAACCAACUUUGUGAAAUUCAGUUAAGGUGUAUUUAGUACAAAUUUAACUCUUGAUAACAGGAUAUUUUUAUAUUUUUUAUUCAUUUUUGAUACAUUCAGUGUUAAUUUAGUAAAAAAAUAAAACAAAAUAAAAUAACGAAGUAUAUUAAUUGACACCCUAUUUUUUAUGAUGAAGAUGGGACUAAAACUAAGUACAGUGGUCCCUCGGCCAGGAAACCCUCGCAAACUUUUA